UCCACCUAGGCAAUCGCAAGCAUACCUCCGCUUCCAAACAUCCGCAGGUGACGGAGCAGCGAGGAAUCCCCUUUCCUCAGGAGAGACAGGGGGCUGCAUCCUCUGGAGCCCUUCAUGCCGGAUAAAGUUUACGAGCAGCGUGGCAGAGGAGCGAGGGUAAAGACUCGGCUGCAUAGCUUUCGAUCAAACUUACAGGGAAGUCGUUUUGUCGCCUGAUCGCUGAGAUGGGCACCUUGCGCGACCUCCAGUACGCGCUUCAGGAGAAGAUCGAGGAGCUGCGCCAGAGAGACGCGCUCAUCGACGAGCUGGAACUGGAGCUCGAUCAGAAGGAUGAGCUUAUACAGAGACUACAGAACGAGCUGGACAAAUACCGCUCCGUUAUCAAGCCGGCGACCCAGCAGGUCCACAAGCAGAACGAUCUGCAUGAGCAGCAGCGGACCAAGAGGCAGGCGAUCUCAGCCGAACCCACCGCCUUCGACAUCCAGGAUCUUAGCCAUGUCACCCUACCCUUCUACCCUAAAAGCCCACAGUCCAAGGAUCUGAUCAAGGAGGCCAUCUUGGACAAUGACUUCAUGAAGAACCUGGAGCUGUCGCAGAUCCAGGAGAUCGUGGACUGCAUGUACCCUGUGGAGUAUGGAAAAGACAGCUGUAUCAUCAAAGAGGGUGAUGUGGGCUCUCUGGUCUACGUCAUGGAAGAUGGAAAGGUGGAGGUGACGAAGGAGAGCCUGAAGCUGUGCACGAUGGGGCCGGGGAAAGUGUUCGGAGAGCUGGCUAUCCUCUACAACUGCACCAGGACUGCCACUGUCAAGACUCUAACAAAUGUGAAGCUGUGGGCCAUCGACCGACAAUGUUUCCAGACCAUCAUGAUGAGGACGGGUCUAAUCAAGCACACAGAGUAUAUGGAGUUUCUAAAAAGCGUUCCAACAUUUCAUGGCCUGCAGGAAGAUAUUCUGAGCAAGCUUGCAGAUGUCCUUGAAGAGACACAUUACGAAGAUGGAGAGUACAUCAUCAGACAGGGGGCCAGAGGAGACACCUUCUUCAUCAUCAGCAAGGGAAAGGUUAAUGUGACUAGGGAAGACUUGCCUAACGGAGAGCCUGUGUACCUCCGCAGCCUCGGAAAAGGUGACUGGUUCGGAGAAAAAGCCCUGCAAGGGGAGGACAUCAGGACAGCCAAUGUCAUUGCAGCCGAGGCCGUCACCUGUCUAGUCAUCGACAGAGAUUCAUUCAAGCAUCUGAUUGGAGGUUUAGAAGAUGUGUCCAGUAAAGGCCAUGAGGAUGCUGAUGCCAAAGCCAAGUAUGAAGCUGAGAAUGCCUUCUUCUUCAAUCUAAACCUAGCUGACUUUAACAUCAUUGACACGCUGGGCGUCGGUGGCUUUGGCCGUGUAGAGCUGGUUCAGCUCAAAAGUGACGAGAACAAAACGUUCGCCAUGAAGAUCCUGAAGAAGCGGCACAUUGUCGACACGAGACAGCAGGAGCACAUUCGUUCUGAGAAACUCAUCAUGCAGGAAGCACACUCAGACUUCAUUGUUAGACUCUACAGAACAUUUAAGGAUAGCAAGUACCUUUACAUGUUGAUGGAGGCGUGUUUAGGAGGAGAGUUGUGGACCAUUCUACGAGACCGGGGUUCAUUUGAGGACUCAACCACCAGGUUUUACACGGCGUGUGUGGUGGAGGCCUUCGCCUACCUGCAUUCCAAAGGAAUCAUCUACAGAGACCUCAAACCAGAGAACCUUAUACUGGACCACAGGGGAUAUGCUAAACUGGUUGAUUUUGGCUUUGCGAAGAAGAUCGGGUUUGGGAAGAAGACGUGGACCUUCUGCGGGACGCCGGAGUAUGUAGCACCAGAGAUCAUUCUCAACAAAGGCCAUGACAUCUCAGCCGACUACUGGUCUCUAGGAAUCCUCAUGUUUGAGCUCUUAACUGGCAGCCCUCCAUUCUCUGGCCCUGAUCCUAUGAAAACCUACAACAUCAUCCUGAGAGGCAUCGACAUGAUCGAAUUUCCAAAGAAAAUCACCAAAAAUGCUGCCAACCUAAUCAAAAAGCUAUGCAGGGAUAAUCCAUCUGAACGACUGGGAAACUUGAAAAAUGGAGUCAAAGACAUCCAAAAGCACAAAUGGUUUGAGGGCUUUAACUGGGAGGGCUUGAAGAAGGGAACACUGACGCCACCUAUUAUUCCUAAUGUCACAUCAGCAGUUGACACGAGUAACUUUGACAGCUUCCCAGAGGACAACGAGGACCCGCCUCCAGACGACAACUCUGGCUGGGACGUUGAUUUUUGAAAUCCUCCUCUCUCACCUUAAAACCAAAAGAAACUCUUCUUUUGUUGGCUUGGAGGCCAUCAUGAGGAAGUGGCUGUUGUAGAAAAAGAAAAACUUCUUUGAAAUAUAAGAGAGCAUAUGGAAAAGAAGAUAAAUGGAUGAAUGGCAAACCCCCUCUGGGUCACCGAUAUGCCUUUAUUUCACUGUGGCUCUGGAUCAAGCAUUUAUAACGGGACUGCUGUAGCACUUCUUCAGUGUUGUCUUACUCUCUCGGCUCUAAAGGCAAAGGAAAGACGGUGCAGGGAUUCACACACAUACAUACACAACACAACAGACGCUGAUUAUGGAGCCAGAUUCUGGGGAACAGGGAUUUAGUGGGCGGAGGAACAGCAGUCUAACUUUUGGUUUUAAGACAAACAAGAUGGACUGCUGAAAAAAGAGGAUGCUGGUUGUUGGUUUUAUUUUUCUGUGUUUGUUUCUCUGCAAUAUUUGGGUGAAACAUUUGGUGGACAUGGGGAGAUGUUUCUGCAGUUGCUCUCUAUUUUUGACAAGCUGCAGUCUUCAGAGAUCUACACACCACAGUUUGCAAGUUAAACUGGUAUCAAGUGCUCAAGACUAACCUGAAUGUCACUGAUUUUCUUCUUAUUUAACAUCCAUACUGCAAACAGCAUGUACGGUACAAAGUAUUUGAAUUCAGAGAGAACACUCUCACAAAUCAGAUACUUAGUAUAUCUACCUUGAAAAGCACAAACACUGUGCAUUCAGUGGAAAGAGACUUGACUCUUCAAGUGCCCUGCUUGAGAUUUAAAGAAUCACACACCGACACACAUGAAAUGUCAGCUACUAUCUCCAUUAAGCAUUGUGUCAUUAUGCACUUAAGACCAUUAACUGAGAGAAUCAGCUGUUAGAGCUUAUUUAAACUUCAUUUUUGUUCUUUAAAUGCUUUUAAUCAUACACAUGAAUGCUUCUCUACCUACACCUCAUCAGUUUUCUUUAAAUCACCCAAAUGCCUGGCCCUCUGUUUGCUUCUGAAAUAACUGUGAACAUGGUUUAUAUGUCUUUGGUGCUGUUAUGAUAAAUUAUGAUUAGUGAUGGCGGGAUGACAGUACUGGUUAUUGUUUUCGUAUCGUGAUUUUUUUGUGCUUGAUUUCUUUGUAAUGUACUUGACCUCCUCCCUUAGAAAAUUGGAGACUUGUGUCAAUUUGUAAACUUGAGUGGAAAAUUGUUUGCUAUCACUUGACACCAUGUUACAUUGUGCUCAGUGGUGUUCUCAAGGGUUUUAAACAAAGUGAAGUUCAUCCGUAGAGGCUAACUUUACUCUUUGGAGGCAAAAUUGACUACAUUCAAACAAUCACAGUGCUGCAGUAACUUAUCAUUACCACUCUGAAAUGUCAUAAAUGUGAAAUGAAAAGGGUUAAAAAGAUAAUAUAUAGGGAUGCACGAUAUUGAAUUUUUGCCGAUAUCCGAUAUGCCGAUAUUUUAAAACUCAUGUUGGCCGAUACCAAUAUUA